AUUAAUUUUUCUAGCAUAUACUUCACAACUGAAAUGUGGAGAAAGACUUACGAACCAAUGAUACAUCCAAUACCUGAUGAAUCUAUGUGGAUUAGAAAUGAUUAUGAUUAUGAGCCUUUGUUGCCCCCAAUAAUUAAAAACCAACCAGGUAGGCCAAAAAAAUACCGCAGAAAGAGAGUGGCUGGAGAAGAAAGGGUUGUGAAGCCAGUUUCUAGUACAAAGAGGUGCAAAAAAUGUAACCAACUUGGUCAUAACAGUCGUUCAUGCAGCAUGACACCGCUCAUGAAAGAGCCAACAACUCCAACUUCACCUACAAGACGAGGCAACGGAAGAGGAAGUGAACAAGGCAAGGGACUAAGCAAGGAUCAAGCUACAACUUUUGAUGCACCACCAAUGACAAGUUCUGAACCGGUUAACAAAAAGAGAGGCAGGGGGAGACCACGUGGUAGAGGUCAUGGAAGAAUACAUUAUACAACAAAUCAGGAAAAUUAUCAACCUCAAGAAAGUAUUGAAGAACAUACUUUAAAGAAUGCAGAGGAGCUUAAUAUACAUGGAGCACCCUCGGAUCUUUUCCAGUCACAACCUACCCAAUGAAGUUUGUGGAGUUGCCAAAUUUAGUGUCUUUUGAUUUAUAUGUUUGUAGUGAAAAAUGUAGGUUUAUUAGGAUUACAUGUUUGAUUAGUGCGUUGGACGCUAAAAAUUAGCAAGCUUACGUGUUUUGGUUAGUGCUUUUGACACUAAAAGUUAGCAAACUUACAUGUUUUGGUUAGUAAUUUAAACACUAAAAUGUAGCAGAUUUAUGUGUUUUUUUUAAAGGUUUAUGUAGCAGGUUUAUGUGUUUUGAGCAAGAAUACCCAAAAGGUAAAAAAUAUAUUUGGUUUUUAAGUUAUUUUUA